AUGUCAAGUGCCACAGAUACAGCUGCUCUUUCUGGUCGACUUGACCACCUCCUUGAUUAUGCAAACAAAAAGGCCAGCGUAGAGGCCAUUAUGGUCUUCCCUACCCUGCCUCCUCUCAUUGCAGCUGCGCAAAUUCUAUGUGCUAUUGAAAAAGAGUCCCUGCAAUACAGGUUGACCAAAUACAAUUGCUGGUUCUUCAUCUCUACUGUCCAGGAAGUGUUGCUGCUGAGGUUUGGGGCCAACUAUGAGUCAUCUCAUGGUUAA